AUGAACAUGAUUUACGGCACCCCUGCAAAAUCACGAAAUCACGAGAGACGGCACUUCUGGCAUAUCAGGCCCGCCAGCGAUGCCAGUGGUGGAGGGUCGUCCCUUCCCGCCGUGAGAGAACGAGGGAACGAUGCAACAGCCGAUGCCCAAGGAUCGCACGGAGAUAAGGUGCCCGACAGCACGUCCGACGCCGGGGCAGGGGACGAUUUCGGUGGUGCGGGUGACGACUCACACAGCGCUGAUGGAAGAGAAGAUGAAGACAUAGGCGCCGACGGUGGACUCGACGACAUAUUGGAGAGGAUCCAAGAGAAUCUCGGGGUGAGCGGGGAAGGCACGGGCACGGACGACGAGGGUACCGUCGAAGACGGGGGAGACAUGGACAGCGGGGGCGAGGAGGGUGACAUCGGCUUAGACGAUGAACGAUACGACGAUUUCCAGGGUAACGUGGACAACAGAGGGACCGAUGGGGCGCCUGAGGUAGUCCUGCCACCUGAGGUAUCCCUGCCUCCUGGGCAAAGUGGUGGCGCAUAAUCUGCCCCCAGGUUACAUAGGCUUCACACGAUGACGCCGUCUUAUGCAUCGAGUAAGACGGUGGAGGGCGGCGCCGAGAAAUUGAGAGAGAACACGAAAGCCAGACGUUUUCCUUUCUACCCCUUUCGUACGAAGGAGCAUCAACAAAUUUUCGUCUGGCAGCAUGUACAUCGGAUCUCGCAAAGGGCGUUGGGAGGGCUUUUAGAAGUAUUCUUGAUGCAGUACGAGGGCGAACCGUUUGACGUACGUGGGCUCGCAGGCGUCGACCCCGACCACUUCUAUGAUCGCAUGCGGCCGUACUUGCCCCUGCUAGAGCUGCUGGAGCGGGACGUUCCGUCGACACACGACGGAACGACGUCGUCUGUCGUGUACGACCUCCCGGUCAAUCUGCUGCUCGACCGUGUCAUGCAGAUUCCGUCUGAGACUGCGCUGUCGGAGGCGUACCCGGGAGGGAAGCUAUUGCGCGGAGAAGAGGCAGCCGCAAAUUCGCUGACGAGUGACCACAUCAACUGCGUGCCUACACGGCGAGAGGGAACCGUCAUGAACUCAAACCACAACGGCACCCUCGCGACGUCAACCCCAUUCUUCGGCUUUGCCGGCAUACGAGCAAGAGUGUGCGGGAGGAAGGCAUACAUCACCGACACUUGUGUUUGCGAGGUCGAGAGAGUGGCUACCCUUUGCCGAAUGUUGGAGAUCUUCUACGAUGGAGAACGUCGGUUGGUGCUAGUAACCGUGCGGCUGUUCAGGG